UCAACUAACCAUGAACGAAUACUCAAACUAGUUACUGAAUAUAUUUUUUCAGUACUUGAUGUCUGUUCACAUGCCUUUAUAAUAAAGCAUAUAUUUUUGGCCCUCGGCUGCUUCUUUCGGGAUAUUUGAAAGGGUAAGAAGACCAUUUUUGGAUCUGUUAUCCGCCAGGUGAAGAUGGCUGGUCUGUCCAGCUAUGCCCUGCGCAUGGCCCGUCUGAGCGCCCGAAUAUUUGGGGAUGUGGCCCGUCACACAGACUCCAAAUCUAUGAAAGUGGUAGAGUUGUUUAAAGAACCCCCGCUGGCCCAGAGAAAAGAAGUGUAUGACUGGUACCCCCCACACAAGAUCUACUAUUCAAUGACCCAGAAGCUCAGAUUCAUGGGACUUUUCAGGGAUGAGCACCAGGAUUUCAAGGAGGAAAUGAGACGAUUGAGGAAACUGCGGGGUAAAGGAAAACCAAAGAAGGGAGAAGGGAAGAGAGCCACAAAGAAGAAGUAGACCAGCGCAUUUCAGCUGUUUAUGAACGGACAUUAUGAACGGAGAAUACGAUGAAGAAACUCUGUAUAUGAGUUGUAUCUGUAUGGACAACAGGACAUGUUUAUGACUGUGGUGAUAUGUUCUAUUAGCAGAGAUGAUGGUGAAAGAAAAACACAAAUGCUAAAAUCGCUUUUGGUGUCUGUGAU